AGGUGCAGCGUCCCCGAUUGCACCAAGCAGGCGCAGACGCAUCGGCUGUGCAAGGCGCAUGGAGGUGGAAGGCACUGCCGUGCUCCGGAUUGUCAGAAGCUGGUUCAGAGUCGAGGGUUCUGUGUCGCCCACGGCGGCGGUAAACGUUGUGAGGUCAAUCAGUGCGGCAAACUUGCACAGUACAAGGGCUUGUGUCUCAGCCAUGGAGGAGGGCGACGCUGCCGCUUCGCAGACUGCAGCAAGUUCGUCCAAGUGCGCGGGUGCUGCAAGGUCCAC